GCUUAAAACAGCAUAGACCAUAGGCCAUAGACUAUAAGCGAAAUACGGGAGUUAGCUAUCUAUAUAUCUUAUAUCAUCUGUGGCAUUGAGGGAUUUAAUAGACGUCAUUAAGUCGCGGUCCAUGCUCCAUGAUCCAUCGCGGUCAGUCGCUGUUUAAUCAGGUUUAAUUUGAGAAUCUAAAAAAUCUAACAAGAUAAGUACAAAAGCGUAAAUAUGUCAGACCCGGAAUUAGAAGCAUUACGACAGCAACGGUUGAUGCAGUUGCAAUCUCAAUAUAAGGAUAACAAUGUCGACAAUAAACAAUCGAUGGAAGAAAGAAUGCAACGUAUGGAAGAGAUGAAACAUACUAUAUUAACUCAAGUAUUAGAUCAGUCAGCUAGAGCGAGAUUGAACACACUUUGUCUUGGAAAGCCAGAGAAAGGAAAAAUGGUAGAAGAAAUGAUUUUAAAUAUGGCACAAAAUCAACAACUACCUGGAAAGCUUGGAGAGAAACAGUUGAUCAAUUUACUUGAGAGUUUAAAUCAACAAACGCAAAGGAAAACAACUGUCAAAUUUGAUAGAAGGAGAGCAGCUUUGGAUUCAGAUGAUGAUAUGGACUUGUAGCAAAUGUACAAAUUUUAUAUCUGAAAUGUUACUUUAAUCAACAAAAUUUUGCUCUUGAUUUGUGUGUGCAGUUGAAGGUAACCUUUUUCAAUAUAUACUUUUAUGCUUAGUUGUAUUUUACUUUUAUGCUAUAAAAAUAAAAGUUAUUAAUGCCAAUUUGGCAGAUUUUGAUAUAGAUAUAAGGAAA